AAAUCCAUUCAUUCAAAAUAUUAUUUAUCAUAGCACCUGUUAAUUAAAAUAAGUAUUAAGUUUUGUAAAAACUAUUAUUUUGAAAGUUUAGUAUUGUUUAAUCUAAUCGUAUAGAAUCAUAAUAAAGAGUAAGGUAAAAGCAAUAUGAGCGAUUACGAAUUAUAAAGCUAUGAUGAUGAAUCGUACAUGAAUAUUUUACCAAAAAAAUUUAUGAAGAAUAAAGAGAGACAUGCUUCUUAAAAAAAUAGGGUUAUUUUAACAAAGUAAAGCGAAAGAAAUAGCUAUGUUACAACUCAAACUAGUAUGCAAAGUCCAUUAUCUACAAAUCACACAUAACAUGCAAUAGAUAAUAAUGCUUGUGGAUAAUUAAAUAUUAGCCACACAUUUGUUAGAUCAUUUUAUAAGACUAACCCAAACACUCCUUUUAGAAAAAAGAGCUUAGAAUGUUAUGAAAAUAGUGGCCCUAUUGCUUAAAAUCAUUUCGAUUAUAGCCCUUAUAAAUUAAUAAAAUAAACUAAAUAAGAUAAAUCAAAUGAUAAAAAUUGUAUGAAUAGUCAUAAAUAGUCGAUUAGCGCUUGGUAACCUAUAAAAAAUAUAUAAAACAUAGAGUUCGAUUCAUAAAAAAACUCUGAGAAACAGAAGAAGCAGUCUUUGGCAAAUAUUUAAAAUAUAGAAGAAGAUGAAUUAUAUGAUCAAAUUUUAAUUUAAGGCUAAAACACUUAAAGCAGCCCCAAAAAGAGAUAAAUUUUUAAAUCAGCUUUCAGCAAUUUACUAUAACAAAAUAAAAAUUAAACAAAUCUUAUCGUUGAUGAAAAAAAAAGAAUCGAAGAUUUAUAGAAAGGUUUGGUCAUUAAAAAUCUUCGUCCAAAAACUAUUUUUACCAAUGCAAAGCUCGUAUAAACUCAAUAAAAUUGCAUUAAUUAAAGCCUUAUUUAGCGAAAAUCUAUAGCUAUCACUCCUGGAAAAUAAAGAAUUCUGAAAAAUAAUUUUAAUAACAGACCUGCAUCAUCAAGUAAGGCUAAUAAGAAAUUACCUUACUCAGAUUUGUAUUCAAAUGAAAAGUAGAUACUUAGUUUCGUUUAAGGAGAUAAAAUGAGCAAGAGUUUUAUUGUCACCAAUUCAAGAAACGAAACUCCUGUAAGAGAUUAAAUGAGGUCUACAAAUUUAUCAUUUUACACUGGUGAUUUUAAAGAAUAAAAAUAGCUUCUUGAUUUAAGUAAGAGCUUUCGCUCAGUUUCCCGUCCAAGGACUGCUGGUUCUCAAAGUAGAUCUCCUAAGAAAUAAAUUUAGUCAACAAAUUAAACUCAAGCUUCACCAAAUAAUGUGAAUCUUCUAUACAAAAGAUUUAGUUAAUAAAACAGUAGUACUCUUCAUUUAGAAUUAGAAAAAGAUUUUUCAUUUUAAGUGUUAGGUAAAAGCUCUUAAAUAUUUUCCUCUCCGAAUCACAAAGAGAAUUAAAGUGUUAAAAAAAUUGAUGGAAAUAUAGCACUUGAUUAAACUGAAUAAAUAAAAGAAUUAGAUGAUAAAUUUAAGGAAGUGCCUACAAGUCCUUCUGUAAACAAUUCUACAGCAUUUAAUAGCAGAAAUAUUUUGAAAAAGCACCAUUUUGUGAAGAAUGUAGCAGAUAUUUCACUUUUUGAUAAAAAUAAAAAAGUUUAAAUGGAUUAAUUUGUGUUCGAGAGUCCUUCUCCAUCUAGAAGAGCUGCCCUCCGCUAAAAUGUAAAUGACAAUUUCUUCACAAGUCUUAAUUGCGUAGAAAUAUUUAACCUGUGA